CGCCCCGCGCCGCGCCAGAGCUCGCGCACUCAGCAGGUUGGGCUGCGGCGGCUGAGGGAGCCGAGGCGCUGCGUGCUAAGGUCCCAGACGCGUCUGCGUCUGCGGCUCCGCCACCCUCGCUCCUCUUUCCUCAGUCUCGGUGUCGGGUGCUGAGGAAGGCAACGGCGCCAGGCUUGGGGACCCCGAGCACACCCUCGGUUGCCUGCGACACCGCCCUCCUUUCCUGCCCAUCCGCGGGCCUCGCUCGGUGCUAGGCGACUCUGCGGGGGGCGGCGGCGGCGGCGGCGGCUGCCUGUCUGUGGAGUCCUGCUGCCCUCCUGCCUCGCUCCUCCGUCCGUCCUGCAGGGGCCCGGAAAGCUCGGCGCCCUCCCUUCCUCUUGUCCUCCUCGUCCGCCGGUGGGAGCAGCGUCGGUCCGGCAGGGCUCUGGGCUGAGGCGGCGGCAGCUCCUCCGGCUCCAUCAUGUCCGCGGGCGGAGACUUCGGGAAUCCGCUGAGGAAAUUUAAACUGGUGUUCCUGGGGGAGCAGAGCGUUGGAAAGACGUCCUUGAUCACCAGAUUCAUGUAUGACAGUUUUGACAACACCUAUCAGGCAACAAUUGGCAUUGACUUUUUGUCAAAAACAAUGUACUUGGAGGAUCGAACAAUCAGGCUGCAGCUGUGGGAUACUGCGGGUCAGGAACGUUUCCGUAGCCUCAUUCCCAGUUACAUCCGUGAUUCUGCUGCAGCCGUAGUAGUUUACGAUAUCACAAAUGUUAACUCAUUCCAGCAAACUACAAAAUGGAUUGAUGACGUGAGAACAGAAAGAGGAAGUGAUGUUAUCAUCAUGUUAGUAGGAAAUAAAACAGAUCUUGCUGAUAAGAGGCAAGUGUCAAUUGAGGAAGGAGAGAGGAAAGCCAAAGAGCUGAAUGUUAUGUUUAUUGAAACCAGUGCAAAAGCAGGCUACAAUGUAAAGCAGCUCUUCCGACGUGUAGCAGCAGCUUUGCCUGGAAUGGAAAGCACACAGGACAGAAGCAGAGAAGACAUGAUUGACAUAAAGCUGGAAAAGCCCCAGGAGCAACCAGUCACCGAAGGAGGCUGUUCCUGCUAAUCCCCCAUAGCAUCUUCAGCCCUGCUCCAGAAGCUCACUGCUUUGGCCCCUGUACUCUUUCAUUGACUGCAGUGUGAAUAUUGGCUUGAACCUUUUUCCCUUCAGUAAUAACAUAUUGCAAUUCAUCAUUGCUGCCUGUCUCGUGGAGAUGAUCUAUUAGCUUCACAAGCACAAAAAUGUCAGUGUCUUCAUUAUUUAUAUUUUACAAAAAACCAAAAGAUUCCAGUGAUAACUGAAGAUUAGAUACAUUUUCUUAACAUUUUUCCUUUUUUAAUGUUAUGAUAAGGUACUUCAAAAUGAUGGAAAUGUGAACAGUAUGUGCGGCUUGGUUAAGGAGCAGUACGUUCACAGCAUUUGCCUCCCUAUUUGAUCUCGUACUGCUUCUCUCACUUCUCCUUUACCCCAUUUCCUAUUCCUGCCCUACCAAACGAGGUAGCAAAUAGCAGUUUGACCAAGCCCAUUGGAAUUAUCCUUCAGUUUUACAUAUACCACUUGCUGUAGCAGUAGGCCAAAAUAUCCAAAAUUAUUCUUGAACAUGGAUAUAAAUUACUUAGACCUUCUUGAGUUAAAACUUAGCUAUCAUGGUGGGCAGUGCUUGAAUGAGGAAGGGGUUCUCCUAUAUCUUCAAAAUGAGUCCUAAUGAACAUACUUAGUAUUCACAGUAGAAUAUAAAGUGUAUUUCUGACCAAAACAAAUGACCCUUUCACAUGUGCUUUAUUAAAUGCUGGGAGAGAAGUAACCAGUUAAUUCUUCAUGGUAAAAUCAUAAAAGUUCUAAUGAACUAUUUUUUCCCAAGAUUUUAAGAUUGUGCAGACUUUUUUUUUAAGAUCUUAA